UCAACUUGGCAUUUUAAAAAAUUGUUAUUUUAUGGUGCAGUGUUUUUCUAGUGAUAAAUAAUUAAAUGUAAUAAUACAGAUUUGCGAAAGUCACAUUAUUGUGGAAUUUCAAAAAAUGGUGUAUUUACAUUUCACUUCAAAUUUAACGGAAGAGGAAUUAAUGCUGCAAGCAAAAUAUCAAAAAUUAAAAAAGAAAAAGAAGGCACUACAAGCGUUGAAGGCACCAAAACAAGAGCCCGAAAAGCCGGUAUUACCGAAACGACCAACAGAGGCACGGGAUGCUCGAGAAAUUGCUCGAAAACUAAUAAAAAGUGGUGCAAUUCAAGCUAUCAAAAGCCCUCCUCCACAACCACAAAAUGCUACUUUUAAACGUCCCCGCGCAGGUAGGGAAAGGAAACUUAGUGGGUCAGCAGGUACAGCUGGUGGUGUAGCAUCAUAUCAACCCUUCAGUGCGUCACAAGAACCUCCACCUCCUGAAGAGAAACCUUCUCCUCGUGUCAAAUAUCUCUAUGAUUCAUUUGUCACAGCCAGAGAAAAAGAAGAAAAAGCUACUCGUAACCAAGGUGGUGAAACUCCUAAUUCAAAUACAGCAAAGUGCUGCAUGGUACAAGUAACAGGUGCCAAUAUAACAGAGGAGGUGAUCAGGCGAAGACUAACUACAUUUGAGCCAUUCACAUAUGUACAGGAGGAUGAUGAAAAGGUAUUAUUGACAUUUGAGACACCAGAUCUGGCAACACAUGCUUUAGCAGCACUGGAAGAGUCUGAAGAAAAUUGGAAAGCAACAUUGACUCGGCGACCAUCUGCAGGGACUUGGGCGACGGCCGCGGCCAAUGCACGGAACGCCCCACCGCCGCCAAAAGACACAAAACGGACUCUUCUAACUUAUGAUGAUAUAUUUGAUUGAUUUGUAAUUAUUGCAAUGAAUUAAAAAUUAAUGAGUAAAUAAAAGAGU